GUAUUUAUAUCACCAUCCCCCGCCCGCCUCCCCGCCAUUUUUUCGCCCGUUUCUUCUCAAACUCUUUCUCUCUCUCAUGGCUUCGUCCUACCUAGCCAGUAGGCUUGUCCUCAACCCUAAACUUAACCCUAUCUCUUCCAGCACCCGGAGGCUCCGUCCCAAACAAGCCGCCCCCUGUUUACUCCGAUGUUCCGCCGCCCCCUUCAUAACAUCCUCUUCCUCCGCUGUCUUCAAGUCGAUUGCCGAUCCCACUCCUACAACAGCCCACUCCGAUGACCCAUCUAGCCGCCUCCAGCGACUCACUUCCGAGUUCCGAUCUCUCCCUGAGACAAUCGACCGCGUGAAGCGUCUACUAUCCUACGCUUCCGGUCUCCCGCUGUUUCCCAAUGCUGACCGCAUUAAUUCCAAUCGUGUAAUGGGCUGCACCGCCCAGGUCUGGCUGUCCGCCUCGAUGGACGCCCUUGGCAGGAUGCGCUUCGCUGCUGACAGCGAUUCUGAGAUCACCCGUGGCUAUUGCGCCUGCCUCAUGGCCAUCCUCGACGGCGCGCUUCCGAACGAGGUGCUUGCGAUGCGAACUGACGAUCUUGCCGAUCUCAACGUUGUCGGAUUGGAUGGCCGAGCUCGCUCGAGGGUGAAUACCUGGCACAAUGUGCUGGUUAGCAUGCAGAAGAAAACACGAGCGUUGCUAUCCGCAAAAGAGGGACGACUACCGGACGAGCCGUUCCCGUCAUUGUUUAUUGGUUCCGAUGGGAUUCAUGCCAAGGGUAGCUAUGCCGAAGCCCAGGUAAGAUUUCCCUGUUCAUCCCUUCCUUGA